AUGCACACGAUCUUCUCGCGCGUCAACAAUGUGUCCGCGUUCCUCUCGUCGUGCCUCAUGAGCCUCGUGCUGGCCGUCGCGAUCGCCUCUGCGCUGUACCACACGUACCAGACCCCGCCCGCCGCCGGCGUCGUCGUGAACAGCAUCAAAGUGCUGCCCGGGAAGGGGCGCUACCUGCGCAAGUACAGAAGCCGCCAGCAGCAAGAGUUCGCCUUCGUCAACUUCAACCUCACCGCAGAUCUGUCACCCUUAUUCCACUGGAACACAAAGCAGCUCUUCCUUUACGUGAGCGCCGAAUACACCGAUCAGCAGGGCACUGCCAACGAAGUGGUCAUUUGGGAUCGCAUCGUGCGCCGCAAGGAGGACGCGAACAUUUCAUCGACGUUCAAAAACAAGUACCACCUCAAAGACAUGAGCACGACGUUCCGAAACGCGCCACCCGCGCAUUACACACUCAAGUACAACCUCAUGCCGUACGUCGGCCUCCUCGCGUGGGGCGAAGCGGCGCGGACAUCGGAGCCCAUCCCGUUCCCAGAGCCCCACCAGCUGGCCUGA